GAGAAGGAACAAAUGAUCCAUGCAUUAAGAUCGCACCGCGUCAACACCCUGGUAGAGUUGCGACGUAUUGAGAAAGCUUUUGCUCUCCUUGGCUCCCCAGAUGUUACCGAACCUAUGACUGCGGCUUGGUCCUAUUACGUCAACUCUCACAGCCUGCUUACCGAACUUCGAGGCCUGACGAAGAACUAUCCAUUCAGUUCCGAAUGCCUUGAGGAAGCUAAGAGACGCGUAUACUCCGACCCCCAAAGCAACCGCAGUUGGAACUUCUGCUGGCUAGUCCUGACCAAAGUCCAAACCGAUCAACUUAUUCCGUACUACGCCCAGUACCAGGCCGCACAACCAACGAUGUGGGGAGGCCGCACCCCAUCUGCAGAAGGAGUUACCCAGCUCUCUGGUGCUUUCGUCGCAGAGUGGAAUUUCGCACUAGGGCAAAUGCUCAGACAUUGGGAUCAGCCUCCAAGCCGCUGAAUCCAUUUUAUAUCAGAGUCAAUGUCCUUGAAUGGCCACCGCUCGGACCAUUUGUUAUGCCCUCUUAAUUCUCUCUCUAUUUCAGAUAGCAUUUGUCUGCGGCAUGUUUCUUUUCAUUCCCUCUCGGUUUCCAUUUUAACCCGCUUCCUUCGUUUUGUCACCGAGCUGGGUUCGGUUUGUCUCAUUCGUUGUUUGAAGUCUCUCUAUGAGCGUGUUUGUGCGUCAGCGUCAGCGAUACCCGCGAUCUCACGGACGUGUGCAUAUUAAACGUCUUGUUCUUUC